AUUACUGCUGCUACUGCUGCUAUUGUGAUCACGUUCUGAGUUGUUACAUUUCGCUCUUAAACGUAAACACAGCCAUAACAACUGACAACACAUGCAUAAUGAGAUAUUUCUUGUACAGAUGGAUUGUUUUCUUUCACUAUAGCUCCACUUAGAAACUACCAUACUACUGAACUCUCUCUUCAUUGACGACUUUCGUUCAUUUAUUGAUUUUCGUGUAGUUAAUUGCCUUUUGAUAUACGAAUAAACAUACAAAUAUACUAUCUGCUUACAUAUAUAUAUACACACACAAAACAUAUAUAAAGUUAUAAACUACAUACAUGUGAUAAUAUAUGCGUAUGCGCAUGCAUAUGUAGAUAUAUGCAAAUACCUCCUGAAAAUGUAGUCCGGAUAUAUAUAUAUAUAUAUAUAUAUAUAUAUAUAUAUAUAUAUCUAGAGAGGCAAGUAGAUUGGUCGUGUGUCGCAUGCUGGCUCCAGUGUUGUAAUGUUAGCCGCUAUGCAGCUCCGUCAGGGAAUUACCUUAGAAAGAUGGCACAGACGAAAUACACCAGGUAAAACCUCACUUGCUCGCCAAACAAAUACAAAACGUUGAACAAGUGAAGUUUAGAGCUUUUAAAACUUAGUUCAAGUUUUUGUAGCGAAGACUCUACAGCGUAUAUUACUAAAUUCUCCAUACACAACUAAAUCCUACACACACAUAUAUACAUACAAAUACAUACUUACAUAUAUACAUACUCAUCAUAAAGACAAAAAUGUGCUAUUUUACUCUUAUUUAUUUCUACACUUUUACCUGCUUUUAGCUUACACAAAGACAUACGUUCCUACGCGCGCGCGCACACGCGCACAAAUUUAUAUAUAAUAUUAACAUACACACACAUAUAUUAGGGGACAGGUUAAAUGACAGGAUGAAGAUGGAUGGAAACUUGUACCGUUUACACAGGAAAGGACUUUACUGGUGUCACCGCAGCCCCCUCAAACUCCAAUUGGGGCCAAUCGUCCAUGUGCUCCUUUUUUCUCUACUCGGAAUUUUUCUUCCAAAAGUCACUGCAGUAUGUACUAUGGACGGACCUCUUGGCAUGACUACUGGUACUAUAAAAGAUUUCCAAAUCAAGAGUUCAAACAGUUAUCCUCAGGUGUGGGACAAAUACUGCCACGAAAAAUAUGGACGUGUUUACAUGCCGAAUAAAUAUGGAUGGUGUGCGAAAUACAAGUCACCAUCUGAAUGGCUGAUGGUUGAUCUUGGUGUUGCAGCAAAGGUGACUGGAGUUAUGACCCAAGGACGUGGUGACGGAGUUGAAUGGGUGACAUCAUUUCUUGUUUCCUACAGUAUGGAUUCUUUCGAUUGGAAUUAUGUACACGACAGUUACAAUAACCAAAAGGUGUUUGAAGGCAACAUCGAUUCUUAUUCUGUAAGACAUUCAUAUUUUGAUCAACCUAUUUUGGCACGUUACAUUAAAUUCCACACAGUCAGCUGGAACAAACAUCCAAGUAUGCGUGUCGAGAUUCUGGGAUGUCAAUUAUGCAAAGAACCGAUUGGUCUACCCCCUUACGGUAAAAUGAGUGCUUCAUCAAAUCUGUCGUUCCGAAGAAAAAGUUCUUGCCAACCUGAAGACGGAAACAUCCUUAGCAACAAAGCUUGGUGUUCCAAGAAACAAGACCAAAAUCAGUGGCUGCAGAUCGAUAUUGGACCGCCUACUUUAAUAACAGCCAUUAUUACUAGAGGCAGAGCAGACACUAGGCGGAAACAUUGGGUAACCAAGUUCAAUGUAACCUACAGCAACGAUACUAAAAUAUGGUAUGGCUACCGAGACGCCCUUCAUUUAGCCAGCAAGAAUCAGUGGUAUUGGAAUUCAGAGAGCCAUAAUGAUGAAGGACUGCUGUUCAGAGGAAAUGAUGAUAAACAUCUGAAACGAAUCCAUUAUCUCAAUUCACCAUUUGUUGCCCGAUUCAUACGUAUUCAUCCCGUUGAAUGGCAUCAGAAAAUUGGAAUGAGAUUUGGUCUACUUGGAUGCCCGUAUACUGGCAAAUGUACGACCGGUUUUAUGAGAGUCAAUGAUGCAGCUCCGUGUGUGGAAAACCUGGCCUUUAAAAAGGAGAGUUGGAUAAACAGUAAACGUCAUAUCAAAAGACACAUCAGACACCAAGACAAAGAUGGCCCGGCAGCUAGAGCUGUAGAUGGGAAAAUUAAAUCUGUCCUACCCGAAUGUACUACACUAGAUAAUUUAUACGGUGAAAAUCCGGUUUGGAUGGUGGAUCUUGGCCCGAGAACGAAUGUGUCUGGUGUUAUCAUCUAUACAUGGCAAAAUCGAGAUGACGUUCAAGUACAACCCAACACGAACAGCUUGGAAAAAAUUAUUGUUUACGUUCAUGAUAAACUGAAAGACUCUGACGAUGACCAGUAUGCCCCAGACAACAUGUGUGGCUAUGUAUCUGCAUUGAACAAUGCUAUAUUUCAACCCAAAUUGCACGUACAAUGUAUUCGUUCUCUGAGUGGGCGUUAUCUAUCCAUUGAAGCUUGGGGCAAAAGUUAUACGUUUAACAAACUUUUUAGUGCUACUUUCUGUGAAGUGCAAGUUUACGCAUAAACCUCGAAUACAUGCAGGAAGUGAACGAUUAUUCCUAAAUGAAUUGAGAUCUGACAUUUGUCUUACCUCAUCCACCCCCACAAAAAGAGAAAAGAGGGCAGUGGAUAAAAAAAGAGCCGUAAAACAAAAUAUAUAGAUGGUUGUAUCAAUUUUAGUACUAUAUUGAAAUACUUCUAAUGUGAAAGCCAUACAAAAGAUUCAUACAUAUACUUACGCAAACAUACAAACAUUACUGCGUGUAUAUAUACACAUUCAUACGAGUAAAUGAGCGGGAAAACAGACUGAUUAUUGUUGCUGGAUUUUGAAAUUUGACUCAAACGUAUUACGAUGGUACAAUUGAAUAAAAAGUACAUUGUGGUAGAACAUUUAAUUGUGAAUUCAAUACAGGACGGAAUAUUUUAGAGAGAAGUACAAUAAUACAACAAUGUUUUAGUAAGAGUUAAAUGUAUGACAAUAAAACAGAGUAAAUAUGGAACAAUUUCCAGGACAAAAUAUAACAAUCAGACAUUUCAAGUGAAGAAUCGACACAAACACAACCAGCAACAAAACUGAAAUGUAUUUUCUACUUGCUUUAUGGGUUUUUUUAAAGUGUUUCACAGUAACACUAAUUAAAAUGUUUAAUUAAAAGCUAUAUCUCCCCACUA